AUGUAUGCCGCCUGGGCGGCUGCGUUGCGCCAGGCUGAUAUGCUGCCGCUGCUCUCGGCCAAGGCGCUGGUGGAGCUGGCGGACGUCGAAGCAAAGAGGCUCCAGGCUCAGUCGGCGCACGACAAGGACAGGGAGUGGAGCAAAUGGGUUGACAAGCAUUCCUCGGGGGGGAUGUCGGCCCUGUUCAAGUUCUCCUCCCUUCCCAUCGGCUGGCAACCCGGAGCCUUGCACCUCGACAGGGCCGAGCCUCGCGCGGCGACCGCCACUGACGCAGCUGCCACCUGGGAGAAGCAGGCGGCGCAGUCGACCCUGACAGUGGAAUACCUGAUUGUCGGCGGCGGCGGUGGCGGCGCUUCCGGAGGCGGCGGCGGCGGCGGUGUGCUCCAAGGGACGGGUCUGGUCAUGUCUGUCGACGAAGUCAUCACGGUUGGCACCGGCGGUCUCGGAGGUUCGGGGGGCAGCGGCACCACUGCGGAGGCGACGAACGGAGGAGAUUCUUCGAUCGGCUCUCUGGUGGCAUAUGGCGGUGGCAAGGGUGCGGGGGGCAGUUCCAGGACUGCCUCCAGCGGAGGCUCAGGCGGUGGAGGCGCCUACGAUCUGCCGAGUGUUGCCUACGCGGCUGGGGUCGCGGGACAGGGCUACCGGGGUGGGCGCAGCGACAGGGGGGGGUACGGCGCAGGCGGUGGCGGCGGCGGUGCGGGCGGCGUUGGGAGCGACGCGCCCCAGCAGCAUUACGGAGGAGAUGGUGGCGUUGGAGUGGCGUCGUCGAUUUCAGGCACCUCUACGUAUUACGGCGGAGGCGGUGGCGGUGGCGUCAACGCAAACUGCGGUUGCACCACUUAUCCAGGAGGGGCCGGCGGCCUAGGGGGCGGCGGCGAUGGAAGCAGUUACGGCGGUGGUGGCGGCGCUUACUUCAAUGGCGAAGAUGGGCAGGCAAACACUGGCGGUGGUGGCGGCGGCACGGAUCCUGAGUCUUCCUUGGCUGGCAACGGAGGGUCUGGCAUCGUGAUCAUCAAGUACCUGAGUUCCAUCCCGUUGCUCCAAGGUGGCACAGUCACCACGAGCAAUGGCUACCAAAUUCAUACUUUCACAGCAACUGGAUCGCAUACCGUAGCAGUCGAGGCGGCAUGCGGUGCGUGGCGCUACUACAGGUACUAUGUCCCAGUCGCGAGUGCAAACCCGCAUCAUCUGUGCAUCAAUGAGAUGCAGUACUUGUACGGUGGUAGCGUGCUCUCAACACCUGCAACUCACUGCGGCAGUGCACCGUGCGCUUUUGCUACUUCCGGAUUCUACUCGGAUUGGAGCCCCGAGAAAGCUUUCGAUCAAAGCAAUUAUGCAAUGUAUGGCAGUGGAUAUUGCAAUGAAGCCGGUGAUGGUUAUCCCCGAGGGGCUGGGUGGUUGGCGUACGACUUCGGAGUGCCGACACAAGUCGAUCAGGUCAAGAUUUGGUUUUGGAGAGGUGAUCACAGCGCGAGUGGGACGGCCUACAUGGAAGGCUCAAACGAUGCGGUCACAUGGACAACUUUGAAAACGAUUACAGACACUGAUUAUGCGACACUCGAUACGACCGUCGAUUGUGUUGCAUCGCCAAGUUCGGCGCCGACGCUGCUGAUGAAGCUGAGGGCUGGCUCCAAUACCUUCCAGUAUGACGCAAGCUAUUGGACCGACACUUCUGUGUUGAACGAAGCUGGCGGCGCUUCGGUCAGCGACUCUGACGACGAGGACGUCAAGAUGUCGGCAUUCAACACAGACCCGAUCUCCGCCCUGACGUUGUGCUACAAGACGCUGGACAACUGCUACACGUACGAGCUGGGCGCGACGUACACCAGCGCAAGCGCUCUCUUCAGCUCGGGAUUCAUCCGCAGCGAAAAUCUGGGUUAUGGCGCUGGAGCCGCCGACGCAGCGAAGCAGGCCUGGACAGAUCUGUUUUUGCCGCCGGGGACCCCGACCUGGUACGACGACUAUUGGAACGGGAACGGAGGCGGCAAUUGCAAUAUGCAGCGGCCAGGGAUCAACACCCAGUGCAAUGACAACAACUGGGCCCGCAUCGGGUACUGCGUGAACCUCCCUGACCAGAGCUGCCAGCCAUAUGAUACCAGCGACGCCGACUCUCCUAUUGGGAUCGGGCUGAAGACGCAGAAUUGGCCCAACAAUGUCAAUGCCCCUUUCGGGGAAUACUUCAUACACGGCGCUGGGUCGUCUGGCGUGCAGCUCUUCCAACACCAAGCAUGGCUUUUCGCAGGAAGACAACGGUCGGCAGCUCGCUGUGAAUACAUCAAGUUCGAGAAGACCACGCGGACGGACAUCGCGAAGGAGGUCUUUGUCUCUGGCACGGCGCUGGCCCCCAACUGGGGAAACUCGCCCGACAAGAAGACGCCGCUGAAGCUCUUUCACUAUAUGAUGGACAGGACACUCGAGCGCUGGGCGGUCACUCUCAAGCGGAUUGGCCCGUUCCUGUUCGACCGCAUCGUCGCCCCCAUCCUUAGGGGCCCCGACGUCCAUGGGACCAUGUGGAUCGGAAAGACCAGGGUCGGCAAAUCCACAGCAUCCAAAACGAUCGGCUUCGCUAUUUCUGCUUACCAGAUUGAGAAGCACUGCCGCGCUGACCUCCGCCCGAUCGUCAUCGCUGCGAAGAAGAUCGGCUUCCUGCGAUUGGAGCCUGGGACCAUAAUCAAGCCCGCCAUCGCAGACGAUACCGCGCUGGCCAAGUGGGGCCCCGACGAGAUCAAGGCUUUCCUCGACCCCGCCGAGGAAGACGCGCUGCUUUGGGCGAAGCGGUGGGGCGGCGCCUCUUUCGAGCAGAACCAGUCCCGCCAGAUCUGCGUCAAUCCGUAUAACGAGGAGUUCGAGGCGACGGCCGAGUCCGUCAGCAGGGAGCAGGAAGAGGUAGCAUUCAGUGACUUCAUCCAGAUCAUCGGCUGCAGUUUCAUCUGCGAAAAGCAGUGCAGCUACAAGAUGGCGGACGUGGAGGCGUACAUGGCGAGGUCCAACGUCGUGCUCCUCUCGCCGAACCGGGUGUACUUUCGGGCCGCAUCCACGACGAAGGAGCCAGCCCCUCGCUUUCCGCGGCCAGUGCCCGCGAAACCAGAUCUCUUCACGCCCGAGACGUGCGACAUCCUCACGGCAUUCAAGAAAGACCAGACUCGCGUUCCAUCCGACUACGACCAACACAUGAGGUGGGCCGUGGCCGCCAUGAAGAAGUUAGCGCGGGGCGAGGAGCUCGGGCAGUCAUCGACGGUCCGUGGCCCAACGCUCUUCGACCAGGACGCGCCCACGAGAUGCAACUUCCCAGAGGUGGCCACGCAGCCGCCGAGCGACAGCGACAUCUCCUCGCCGCAGCCGCUUAAGCGCGGCGCCGAGCGCCUGGCUUGCCCCGACGUGUCCACCAUGGACGAGGAGGAGCGCGAGAGGGCCAUGCAGGCGAUGAAGGAGAGUAUCAUCGAGCGCGGGAGGGAGGCCCACGGCUCGAGCAUCGACCUGUUGUCCCCAGCGCGCCCGCCGGCCGCCGACGUCGCCUCGCAGGAUAUCGCCGCGGCGAUGGCCGAGGGCGCGGCCGCCGCUUCAGGCGACGAGAGGGCCGAGCCUCGCGCGGCGACCGCCACUGACGCAGCUGCCACCUGGGAGAAGCAGGCGGCGCAGUCGACCCUGACAGCAAACACUGGCGGUGGUGGCGGCGGCACGGAUCCUGAGUCUUCCUUGGCUGGCAACGGAGGGUCUGGCAUCGUGAUCAUCAAGUACCUGAGUUCCAUCCCGUUGCUCCAAGGUGGCACAGUCACCACGAGCAAUGGCUACCAAAUUCAUACUUUCACAGCAACUGGAUCGCAUACCGUAGCAGUCGAGGCGGCAUGCGGUGCGUGGCGCUACUACAGGUACUAUGUCCCAGUCGCGAGUGCAAACCCGCAUCAUCUGUGCAUCAAUGAGAUGCAGUACUUGUACGGUGGUAGCGUGCUCUCAACACCUGCAACUCACUGCGGCAGUGCACCGUGCGCUUUUGCUACUUCCGGAUUCUACUCGGAUUGGAGCCCCGAGAAAGCUUUCGAUCAAAGCAAUUAUGCAAUGUAUGGCAGUGGAUAUUGCAAUGAAGCCGGUGAUGGUUAUCCCCGAGGGGCUGGGUGGUUGGCGUACGACUUCGGAGUGCCGACACAAGUCGAUCAGGUCAAGAUUUGGUUUUGGAGAGGUGAUCACAGCGCGAGUGGGACGGCCUACAUGGAAGGCUCAAACGAUGCGGUCACAUGGACAACUUUGAAAACGAUUACAGACACUGGUUAUGCGACACUCGAUACGACCGUCGAUUGUGUUGCAUCGCCAAGUUCGGCGCCGACGCUGCUGAUGAAGCUGAGGGCGGGCUCCAAUACCUUCCAGUAUGACGCAAGCUAUUGGACCGACACUUCUGUGUUGAACGAAGCUGGCGGCGCUUCGGUCAGCGACUCUGACGACGAGGACGUCAAGAUGUCGGCAUUCAACACAGACCCGAUCUCCGCCCUGACGUUGUGCUACAAGACGCUGGACAACUGCUACACGUACGAGCUGGGCGCGACGUACACCAGCGCAAGCGCUCUCUUCAGCUCGGGAUUCAUCCGCAGCGAAUAUCUGGGUUAUGGCGCUGGAGCCGCCGACGCAGCGAAGCAGGCCUGGACAGAUCUGUUUUUGCCGCCGGGGACCCCGACCUGGUACGACGACUAUUGGAACGGGAACGGAGGCGGCAAUUGCAAUAUGCAGCGGCCAGGGAUCAACACCCAGUGCAAUGACAACAACUGGGCCCGCAUCGGGUACUGCGUGAACCUCCCUGACCAGAGCUGCCAGCCAUAUGAUUCCAGCGACGCCGACUCUCCUAUUGGGAUCGGGCUGAAGACGCAGAAUUGGCCCAACAACGUCAAUGCCCCUUUCGGGGAAUACUUCAUACACGGCGCUGGGUCGUCUGGCGUGCAGCUCUUCCAACACCAAGCAUGGCUUUUCGCAGGAAAG